GGCCGCCUGCUGGAGCGGGCCGGUGCCCGAGCGCGCUAGUGCGGGCCGCGGAGGCGCGCGCCCUCCUUCCACUUCCCAAUGAGUUUCCUGAUCGACUCCAGCAUCAUGAUCACCUCCCAGAUUCUUUUCUUUGGAUUUGGGUGGCUUUUCUUCAUGCGCCAACUGUUUAAGGACUAUGAGGUGCGCCAGUAUGUCGUGCAGGUGAUCUUCUCUGUGACUUUUGCAUUUUCCUGCACCAUGUUUGAGCUCAUCAUCUUCGAAAUCUUAGGCGUGCUAAAUAGCAGCUCCCGUUAUUUUCAUUGGAAAAUGAACCUGUGUGUGAUUCUGCUCAUCCUCGUUUUCAUGGUGCCUUUUUACAUCGGCUAUUUCAUCGUGAGCAACAUCCAGCUCUUGCGGAAACAGCGGCUGCUGUUUUCCUGUCUCUUGUGGCUGACCUUUAUGUAUUUCUUCUGGAAACUAGGAGAUCCAUUUCCCAUUCUCAGCCCUAAACAUGGGAUCCUGUCCAUAGAGCAGCUCAUCAGCCGGGUCGGCGUGAUCGGGGUGACCCUCAUGGCUCUUCUUUCUGGCUUUGGUGCCGUCAACUGCCCGUACACGUACAUGUCCUACUUCCUCAGGAAUGUGACUGACACAGACAUUCUAGCCCUGGAACGGCGACUGCUCCAAACCAUUGACAUGAUCAUCAGCAAAAAGAAAAGGAUGGCAAUGACACGGAGAACUAUGUUCCAGAAGGGGGAGGUGCAUAACAAACCAUCAGGAUUCUGGGGAAUGAUAAAGAGUGUUACCACUUCAGUGCCAGGAAGUGAAAAUCUUACUCUUAUUCAACAGGAAGUGGAUGCUUUGGAAGAAUUAAGCAGGCAGCUUUUUCUGGAAACAGUUGACCUAUAUGCUACCAAGGAGAGAAUAGAAUACUCCAAAACUUUCAAGGGGAAAUAUUUUAAUUUUCUGGGUUACUUUUUCUCUAUUUACUGUGUUUGGAAAAUUUUCAUGGCGACCAUCAAUAUCGUGUUUGACCGAGUUGGGAAGACUGAUCCUGUCACACGAGGCAUUGAGAUCACUGUGAAUUACCUGGGGAUCCAAUUUGAUGUGAAGUUCUGGUCCCAACACAUCUCCUUCAUUCUGGUUGGAAUAAUCAUCGUCACCUCCAUCCGAGGGCUGCUCAUCACGCUUACCAAGUUCUUUUACGCCAUCUCCAGCAGUAAGUCCUCCAAUGUCAUUGUCCUGCUGUUAGCACAGAUAAUGGGCAUGUACUUGGUCUCCUCCGUGCUGCUGAUCCGCAUGAGCAUGCCGCUCGAGUACCGCACCAUCAUCACCGAGGUCCUCGGGGAGCUGCAAUUCAACUUCUACCACCGCUGGUUCGAUGUGAUCUUCCUGGUCAGUGCUCUCUCCAGCAUCCUCUUCCUCUACCUGGCUCACAAGCAGGCCCCAGAGAAGCACAUGACACCUUGAACUCAUGCCCCUGCAGGCUGCUCUGUGCCGGAGGUGUCAAAAUUUGGAUGUAAAAUGGAAAAAAUGGAGAUCAGGGCCUAAUGUUUUUUAAACAAACAAAAUGCUGUGGUAGCGCCUUCUACCUCCAGCUCCCACCUCCCUGCUUGGACGGUGCUGGGCUCACGAGUAGCAUCGGCCUGAACACAAAAUGGUGAAGUAAGGCAAGUGGGUGUUCAGCCGAGAGCGUCCUGUGUGGGCUUGGGGCUGGAGCAGCGUGGAGAGAAGAGAAGACACUGGGGAGAAAACACACUGGAACUCUGGGUAAGAUAAUCAGGUAGCUGGACCAAACAGGACUUCUGUGUAAGUCAAGGUCACGUGGACUGUCAUUAAAAUCAGAGAUUAUAACACUUUGGCCUUAGAGUCAUUUUAUCAGCAUGUGCCUUGGUGCUAUGCUUGUGGGAGGUGACGUGGGCAGGCAUGAGGGGUGGGUGCCGAGCCAUUAAACUGUUCUUUUCUGGAAGGGGAUAGGUGUGCCACAGAAAUAGUCUACCAAGAAAGACGUCCAGUAUGUGAUUUUUCAUGAUGUCCUUUCAGUAUUUGUGAUUACUUUCAAUUCAGUAUGCCUCGUUUUUUCCCUUUCCGUCUGCCCCUUAUGCUGUGGGAUAAAAAAUGAAUAAUGUUAACUGGAAUAAGUCUCUUUCCUGUGCUGGAACUCAGUUUUUCAUCUGUAAAAGGAAGAAAUGCCAGUUAGAACCCUGAGUGUGAUUACCAGGAAGUCUCUUUACUACUGAGCCCCCAUGCUGCACUUUACUGGUAGGUCUCUAGAGACCCAGUGACGGUUAAAGGCUACAAAGCUGGCCAGAGCGAGAGCACCGUGAAGGUCUAGCCACCACCGCGAAGGUCCACGCACACUCAGAAGACGUUUACUGGUAUUUAUUUUAGCAACCGCGUUCUUACAAAAGCAUGAAUUUAAUAGGCUUGUCUGCACAGAUAUUUUAAUCAGUAGCUCUCACAUAUACAGAUUUACUAAUCAUCUUUGGUCCUCAAGGAGCCUGCAGAGAAAGCGAUGCCGUCACAGACAAGUGUAGCUCAGUAGGAGCUCGAAGGAGAUCCUGUGAGAAGAAGCGACUCCUGCCUUAAGUCUUCUCAGCAGAUGGGCAGUGAGCCGUCAGCGCGGCUGCCCAGCCAGGGGCAGCAGAGAGGGCCGCACGAGCUGGUGUCCGGGCAUCUCUCUAGCAGCUAGCGAACGGAUGGCAGCUUAUUCCUUGAAGGAUUCCUAUUAAAUCCCAGCCAGAGCCAGUAUUUGCUCUCACAUCUCUGUGUCUUCGGAGCUGGAGGCCGAGCUGGAGGCUGUGCUGUGGGCCUGUGUGGAAGAGCGGAGGCAGCGUCAGUGGCCGCGGGGGAGGCCAGGGCAGGUGCGCUUUCUCCAGUCGCCUGACUCAAAAGCAAGCCAGGUCACGUGAGUUCUGCACUUGACUUUGUCCCAGAAUGUUGUUUAACACACUUAGCAAUUUUUUUAAUGUCUGUAUUUCUUUUUCAUAAAGCCAGCUUGGCACUAUAAUUACCCUCCUAUAGUCAUAUGAUCGAAUUCUUAAAGCCAGCUUUUUUAAAAUAAACAGUCCAGACUACAAGGUUGGAGGCUGUUAAAUGUGCUAUGGUCUGAAUGUCUGUAUCACCCCAAAAUUUAUGUUGAAAUCUUAAUACCCAAGGUGAUAGUGUUAGGAGGUAGGGCCUUUGGGAGGUGAUUGGCCCCCUUUACAAAAGGCCCCUCAAAGCUCACUGGCCCUCCUACCAUAUGAGGCAAAAAGCAACAGUCUGCACCGGAGAUGAGCCAUGGUCACCCCAGGAUUUUGGAUUCCACGCCCUUCAGAACUAGAAGUAAGUGCUUGUUUUUUAUAAGCUACCCAGGCUCUGGCAUGUUCUUACAGCAGCCCAGACUAACUCUAUUAAAAAUCAGCAUUUCUUAUUUAUAUUACCAAUCAGUAGAGUUAAUGAAAUGGAAAAAAGAAUACUAUAAAACAUGUAGAGUCUUGACUUUGACUAAGUCACUCUUGAACUUCAUCUAUGAAAAGAAAUUCAACAAAAAUAAAAAUCUGAGACUUACCAAGGAACUCGCCUAAUGCAAAUAUAUACAGAAUAAUGUUUAUUCUUUCCUAGUGCUAAAACUUUAAUACCUGAUGACUAUGUAAAGCACAAUACUGUCUCUAACCACCACCAUCCAUUCUCAGGCUUACAAUGAACCGGGAGCUGUUUGAGCCACUUUCAUAAUCUUAGUUAACAUAAUCUUGAUAAGAAGCCUGCAAAUUAUCCCAGUCUUAUAGGAGGGAAAUUUUGAGGCGCUGAGGAAAUAAAUCUUUUUGCCCAAAACUGAUAAAUGGCAGCUCCGGAAUUUGUACUUAGUAGCCUGAUUUAGGUUAUUCUGGUGGUCCCCACUAUAAUUUUAAUAAACUUAUUUCUUCUCUACCCUAGAAAGUUGCUGUCAGCUUCACUGCUGGGAAAAAUAAGAAACCUGUUGUCCUUACGCUACAUCACCUCCCUCACAAUAACUUGCUUUAUUCUCUUUACAUUAUGAGUUAGUAUUUUAGGAGCUAUGUGGUGCUCAGUGAGGGCCUCUGCUGAGUUAGGUCAGGAGGAGAAACGCGUAGCCACUUACUCGUUCUCUGGGCACGGCCGCCUCGCACUCCGACUGCCCGGGAUCGGCUUCCUUGGGCCCAGGGCUGACGUCCAGUGGGUCAGCCAUGGAGGACACAAUGGGGAUUUUCUUAGACUGGAAAUAAUCGUAGGCUUUCUUCCCACAGACUAAGAGUGUGACUUCCUUCCCGCUGCUCUGGAUUCGUUCCACCACCUUCUCAUAGGCCUCGCUCUGCACGUUCGCCCCGUCCACCUCGAUGAGGACAUCCUCGUCCUGCAGCCCAGCCAGGCCGGCUGGGCUGUCCUCCUGUACCUGCGAACAGACCCAGACAAGGCAUGUCAGACCAGUUCCCUUUAGAAACGAGUUGAGUUUGAGAAUUUAUUCUUAACUGGUAAUUAUUUCUCCUUAAGAAAUUAAGGAAGGGCCUCCCCAGUGGCGCAGUGGUUGAACGCUGGGUUGCGAAGCUGCCCGCAGCCUCUGCAGCACCGGUUCGAUCCCUGGUUGCUCCCCGGCCACCGGAGGAGGGUCCCACAUGGCGCGCAGACCUC